UCUCCCGCCAUUUACAAUAGUAUGAAAUGAAUCACAAAGUACUUAACCUACUCAACCGAUGUCACACUUUAAAAGACCUAAAAUCUCUGCAUUCUCGACUCGUAAUCGAAGGCUCGGUGAACUCAUCCGACAUUCUUUUAAACAAAGUUCUCAGGUUUUAUUUUCGUUACGGAGAAAUCAACUAUGCUCACAAGUUGUUUGAUCAAGUUCCUGAACCAAAUGCCUUUUUGUGGACUUCAAUGAUUCAUGGGUAUGUUGAGAAUAAGAAGUAUGGUGAAUCUUUUGGUAUGUUUAGAUGUAUGUUGGGUCUGUCGAUUCCGCCUUUGAAUUUUACUGUUAUGUCGGUGCUUAAGGCAUUGGCUCGGAGUGGUGGAUUGAAAGAGGGGGAGGCGGUUUAUGGGUUUGUUCGGAAAUGUGGGUUUGGUUUUGAUGUGAUGGUGCAGAAUGCUGUGAUUGAUUUGUUCAUGAGGUGUGGGGAAGUUGAUUUGGCGAGAUUGGUGUUUGAUGAGAUGAGUGAGAAGGAUGUUGUUACGUGGAAUUCGAUGAUAUCGGGGUAUGGAAAUAAUGGUAGAGUCGAUGUUGCACGUGAGUUAUUUGAAUGUAUGGGGGAAAGAAAUUUGAUUUCUUGGACGAGCAUUAUUAGUGGGUAUGUCAAGGGCGGUGAUAUGAUAGAGGCACAAAUUCUUUUCGAGGCUAUGCCUACAAAAGACUUAGCUGUUUGGAAUGUAAUGAUUUCUGGGUAUGUCGACAUUGGAGAUCUUGAUGCUGCUGUCAAUUUACUUGAAGCAAUGCCUAUGCAUGAAGUCACAACCUGGAAUAUAAUUUUAUUGGGGUUUUGCAAGGCACAUGACCUUAAAUCUGCUAAAAGCUAUUUUGGCAAAAUGCGUUGUAAAAAUGUUGCUUCGUGGACGAUGAUGGUAGAUGGAUAUGUUAAAUUAGGUGAUUUGAACGAGGCCAGGCUUGUGUUUGAAGAGAUGCCAGAGAAGAAUCUGAUUGCUUGGUCUACAAUGAUCGCCGGCUAUGCCAAAAAUGGGCAGCCACAGCGCGCUUUGGAGCUAUUUGUACAGUUUAAGGAGCAGGGUAUUAAGCCAGACGUAACUCUGAUUAUUGGUAUUAUCACGGCUUGCUCACAUAUGGGAAUUUUAGAUGUGGCUGAGUCGGUGAUAAAUGAUUAUAUCGGACCCUCACUCUAUUCUAAUUUACAUGUCAUAACCAGUUUAAUAGACAUGUAUGCAAAAUGUGGCAGCAUUGAGAAGGCUUGGAAAGUGUUCGAAACGACAUCAGAAAAAGACUUGCUUUGUUAUAGUACCAUGAUUGCAGCUUUUGCAAAUCAUGGAUUGGGACAUGAAGCCAUUUCUUUGUUUCAUGACAUGCAAAGAGAGCAUAUAAAACCCGACGGUGUAACUUUUAUUGGAGUUUUGAGUGCUUGUAACCAUGGAGGUCUCGUUACGGAAGGGAGGAGGUUCUUCAAACAAAUGAUUGAAGAGUAUGAUACUCAACCAACAGAGAAGCACUAUGCCUGCAUGGUUGACCUCCUUGGCCGUGUUGGGUGCCUUCAGGAAGCACAUAACUUAAUAGCUAGCAUGCCCAUGGCACCCUCAUCAGUUGUUUGGGGAGCUUUACUUGCAGCGUGUAGUGUCCAUCGUAAUGUUGAACUAGCGGAAAUUGCAGCAGCUGAGUUAUUUAAGAUUGAGCCAGAUAAUUCCGGAAACUACAUUCUUUUAUCCAAUAUAUAUGCUUCAGCUGGACGAUGGCGUGAUGUUUCUAAUGUGAGAGCAAUGAUCAGGUCUCAACGAGUGAGAAAAAACAGAGGUUCUAGUUGGAUCGAGUUGGGAGCAGUUGUUCAUGAGUUUGUCAUGGCAGAUAAUUCACACAGACAUGCCGAUGACAUAUACAGUAUCUUAGAAUUGCUUACAGAAGAUAUGCAGCUUUCAUAUGUCUGAUGGGCAACUUGUAAAGUGCACUUUUUUGUCCCUAUAAUAUGGAUAUUGGCAGAUCAAAUUAGAGGUUAAAGGAAUGUGUCCUGCGGCACAUUCACAGAUUUUUUGAAAGUAGAUUUCUAAUGUCAACCAAACGGUUCAUAUUCGGAACCUUAGUGUAGCCACACAUCUUGUAGAAUAAUCUGUAUUAUCAACUAAUUUAGUGAUUAUUGGAUAUUAAGAAACAGAUAAU